UUCAGAGCCACGUAAAAUAAUUUUCUAAUCAAUUUUAAGACUGAAAUAGGCCAAUAACAUAAAUGAUUUGUAAUUAAAAUUGCACAAGAAACCCUUAAAAUUUUAAUUUUUCUAAAAAAUGUGUGCAUCAUCAAUGGUUGAUGAAAAAUGGCCUUUAAAUGAGCGAAAAAUCACAAUUACCGUCGAUGGUCGUGAUAAACAAAUUCCUGCAUUGGAUGCAUAUUGGUGCGAAAAACGCCCAAUCUCUAAAUAUUAUCCAUUUCCUGCGGAAAAAGGAAAUUUAACGUCUACCAAGUAUGAUGUUCUUGUCGAAGAAUGGAUUAAAGACACAACUGACUUCAAUGAAGACCUAAUUUGGUUGUUGCAACUCGAGCAUCAUCGAUUUUGGAGUAAAUUUGUCUUCGAUUCGAACGUUAUUCAAGCUGUUUUGUCGUUUUUGCAGGAAGCAACGCCCUGUUACACUCCCAUAAGUGCCGCAACCUCAAAUGAAAAUGCUCUGAAGCUCUACGGGCAAGUACUGAAGCACGUUGUGACCAUCGUUUGUCGUCUUGUGACAGCAAAAGAGAGCGAAACGGAGUGGAUUGGCAAAGAAGCACUCGGCGAAAUGCUCUACACGAAUUAUUUGGUGUCAAUUCCGAUGAUUUUUGACCUUGCGAUUGCCUUGGGACCCGAAAAUGGCAAAGUACUGAACAAAAUAAUCGCUCAAAUGAUCAAAAUUCAGCCGAAAUACCAUAACGACCUGUUGAACGGACUCGAAUACGUUCAGGCAUCCAUCCGAAGUGUCGAAGAUCAAGCUCAAACGAUGAUCCAGAAGGAAAUUGAUGGAAAUGCGCCCGAUAGUCAUGGCUUGGAGAUGCUUACGCUUUACGCCUUGGACUGCAUCGUCACUCUUUCCGUACUUUUGGAAGCAUUUCCCGAGGCAAAAGUGAUGUCAAACGAUGCUGGACUCGCAUUAACGCUCACCCAAUUUUACGACAACUCCAUUCCGCUGCUCUACAAAAUGACUUGCGAAAAUGACAAGAACGAAGUGACCUUGAAAUACUUAUCUCGCAUCCGUUUGGAGAUCCUCAACACGUUUCACGGCAUCGCGAAUCACUUUUUGGAGCUUUUGAUGGACUUGGAACCAACUGCGGGGCAGAGCAUCGCCGAAAUUUCGGAAAAAAUCAUCACUUUGUUCGAAGAAAGUCUCGACGAUGCCACUUUCGUGAUCGAUUAUCAAAAAAUUUUCCCCGUCGAGAACGAUUUGGACGUCAUUCGACAAGCAAAUGGCAAUUUGAACGCUUUACGGAUGGAUUACAUCCAAGUUGGGUACCGAGACGCCCAUCGAAAAGCCGAAAAAAAUGUCGAAACCGAAGAAAUUCUCAACGGAAACGAAUCUGAACCGGAUUUGGAAGCAACUGAAUCGGAAGGCGCUUAUGGAAGAGGAGUCUCUGCUGCACAGGAAGUCCCAUUAACCGAAGAAGAAACGAAAAUCCGUCAAAUUUUGGAAGUUUUUCCGGAUUACGGAGACGGAUUUAUACGAAAAGUGCUUUUGCGGUACGACAUGAACCCCGAAUCUGUGAUCGCAGCGAUUUUAGAGGGAAAUUUACCGCCAGAUUUGGCUACGAUGGAUACGUCCGAGCCCUAUAUCCCGCCCGAACAGAGCGAAUUCUUCGUGGAAACGGGAAUUAAACGUCUAAAUAUCUACGACGGAGACGAAUUUGAUGUCAUGACAAAUAAUCCGAACGUCAAAGGCAUCUACAAAAAAGGAGUUAAUGAACCGAAGAAAUGGGACGCCCUUUUAAAUGACAAAACGCACAUUCAGGAGAACAAAGCGAAAUAUUCGGAACUCGGUUACGUUGAAGAAAUCGAGUACGACGACGAAUAUGACGACUCGUAUGACGCGAUGGCUGAAUCUGAGGCAAAAACGAUGCGUUAUAAGCCGGCAGCGAACUUUGUGAUGGAUGAAGAGUCAAGCGAAAGUAGUGAAGAAGAAGAAAAUUCGAGUUUGGCUGAAAAUCGAGACAAGAAAAACGACUUUUGUGAAAAUCCAGAGGUAAUUAGAGCGCGAUAUGAAGCCAUGCGUCAGAGAAAAUUCGCAAAUAAAGGCGGCGGCAUGGCUCCGAAGCACCGAGAUGUCGUCGGAAAGCCAAAAGGACAGGGACAGGAUGAAGAAACGAACAAAAAUCGCCAUAAAAAGGGCGUUAACAAGUCUGUGACAGGCAAUCACAAUCGAAAACGAGGCGCGGAUUUUAAACGAAGCAAGGGAAUGUUCUAAAAAUUUGUUCCUUCAAUCAAUAAAAAAAUCAAUUUUUU